AUGUUCGAUGCAGCUCUACCGGCCGACGUGUCGUGGCUAGAGCAACUCUUGGCGAGAUACAAGAGUGGCGUGUCGAAGCCUCUUGUUGCUGCACCCGCUAGAGGCCACAAAGACGUCGUCGUCAGACUGCUCGCGGCAACUUCUGAGCUAUCCCGCAAACGGAAAGAAGCGUCUACAAAGUCAUUGCAAAGCCAGCUAUCGCUGCAGGACAUCGCCUUGUGA